CACACCGAUGCGAUGCUUCGGCCGUUAGUCUUGAGUCGACUUGGCUAUUGCGAAGAUUCGCAGGUGAUUACCGAUGCGAAGAUGCGCUUCAAAGAUUUCAUUCUACGCCACAAGCCGAUUCCACCUGACUUGCGCGGCACCGUCUUUGCUCUGACCUGCAGAUUUGGAGCUGACGAGGAAUUGACUCAAAUGCGGAAGUUGUACGAAAGUAGUGAUUCUUCUGAAAUCCAGCGCCAGUGUCUGCAAGCCAUCGGUCGCUGUCCGCAUACUGACGUCCAGAAUCAUGCCUUAGAGUUCGCUAUUUCGAAAAAUUGCAGACUUCAGGACAAUUAUUUGGUUUUUUACGGAUUGACUCGUACUCUCGCUGGGCAAGAGAAAGCUUGGAAGUUCUUCAGGAAUAAUAUGAAUCUGCUCUGCGACCUUUUCGGCUCUCAGGAUAAUGGAUUGUUUAUCCAUAUUCUUAAGAUGUCCAUUAUGCACCACUGUUCUGAAGAAAAGGCAGAAGAUAUUCAAAAUUUUUUCGAGCAUAGGACCGUCAGCCCUGCACUUACGCGACCAAUUAGUCAGAGCUUGGAGAAUAUCAAUCUGAACAUCAAGUUCUUGAGGAACAACGCUUCUGCAAUAGGGGCGUGGCUUAAAGAAGAAGGCUACUAG